UCUUAACGACGUAAACCUUUGCACUGUGAAUAACCCGACGGUCAAUCCGCACUCGAAAUGCACAUAUUUUUCAACUAAGAUGAAUAAACAACACGUGGCCGGUGGCCCAAUAACACACACUUCGCAAACCGUAAAUUACGUGGCAGUGAUCAACCGGACUGGUGCACCACAAUUACCCAGUUAGAAAACCACCUGAUCGCACCUUGCCCCAACAUCCGGUAAAAAAACGCCCGGAAAAAUUACCGUUUUUCUCUCCACCGCCAAUCAUUGGACGCAGCAAUUUUUGUCUCUAAUACUCGCACACUAAAAAACGUGCACAGUUGGCAGAAAGAGUUCACAAUUUGCAUCCAACUUUUUCUUCUCCUAAAAACACCAAAAUUGCCAGUCCCAUUAUAUAUCUCUUGUUAGUCUUUUCAGUUUGUCGAUACACACGUAUACAUAUAUUGUUCUGCAAACAGAGCCGAAAAGGGCUCGCCGGAAAUGUAUACGGUGUUCAAGCGUCUGCUCAUCGGCGGCGAGAUUGUUGACGAGGAAGGCGACUGGGAAAAAGAGAGAUAAAUAUAAUAAAAAAAUCCAAAAAUCCAGAAAAAAGAGCAGAAAUUCAGAAGAAAAGAAGUGCAGAAAAUAAAGGGGAAAUCGAAAAAAGGGGCCGUUGAUAUUCUAUGAAGUACCCAAAGGAUUUUGAAGAUUCAUCAGUUACCAAACAAACUCCGGUCAAAAUUCCUUUCAUGGAGGCCGCGCCCAAGAUGAAGGGAAACGACGUCGUGUCGGUGAAAUGCGAGUGCUGCUGCCUGACGGAGGAAUGUACGGAGGAGUACGCGCGGCGCGUGCGGGACCGCUAUUCAGGCCGUUGGAUUUGCGGGCUUUGUGCGGAGGCCGUGAAGGACGAGAUGGUGAGGUCGGAAAAAGGGAUUGAGGCAGAGGAGGCACUGAACCAGCACAUGAGUUUCUGCAGGAAGUUCAGGGCCCGGAGCCCGCCCGAGAACCCGACUGAGGAUUUGAUUGCGGCCGUCAAGCAGCUGGUUCUGAAGAGGCUGGACUCGCCCCGGCCCAGCCCGGAGGGGAAGCCCGUCAUGGAAUCGGGUUGUUUUGAGACUAAUUGAAUGUUAGAUUCGAGUGGUUUUUGAAACAUGGUUUGUGUUUUAUAUUGAAUAAUAAUGUGGCUGCAUUUUAAGGUUGCACUUAGUGAUGUAGACUAUGUUUGGCUUAAGAUUGUUAAGGUAAAAUUAUUAUUUUAUGCAUUGAUUGUUUGUUGAGCUUGGAUACUAUUAGAGAUGUUAAACCAAAAAGUUGUUCAUAGGUUGGAUAGGCUCGUAGAGACUUGAAAAUGUAAAAUUUUACGUAAUGUUAUAUAGAUCAGCUCAUUAAGUCUCAAACUCUAACUCGACUUGAUAAGCUCUCGAGCAUUUGCUCGAGUGUCCGAAGCUCGGCUUCAUCUACUUUAUCAUUCGAAGGGGAAUCUUUUCCAUGAGGAGAGAAUAUUGGAGACAAGAUUGCGUUAGAUUCGAGGGCGAAUCAUUUUCCAGGAGGAGGAGAAUGAUGAAGACGAGUUUGCGUUGGAUUUUUUGAACAAGCAUGAUCAUUCGACAUCAUUAGUUUAAUCAUUUAUUUUUUUUAUUUUA